AUGGCUAUCUUCAAAACGUUCGCAAAUGUUCGAAUGGAUACCCAACAAGCGGAUGGAAUUAUAUAUCACCAUAGCCUCCAAGAGUUCAAUACAUCAGUGUAUGCCCAUCUUCCUAAUCCUUCCCUUAGUUAUGACAGCAGUUCAGUUGGAAGUAGCUCGUUGAAAAAUGUUGAGGAUUUUUACGACAGUAUCCAACUUCCUCUAUGCGGAUCCAUUGUUGUGAUUCUCUCAAAACGAAACCCAAAUGAAAAUGAUAUUUCCAAACUAGUAGCUAAAAUUCGAUCGCAUCAUGGAAUAGUUCAUGUAAUUGCAUCAAAUACUCCAUCAGGUGGAUCUCAACCACUUACGCUCUAUGACCUCUCAUCUAGAACAAAUGGAUUAACCGAUUUUCGAAACGAUGACCAACUUGCCCUUUCUCGACUUCCUACUGUUGGGAUAUACUGGCCUUUACCCCUCUACGCGGAAAAUUCGAUAGUCUCCGGCAAUGGCUUCACUGUACUGCCUCCGCUAAUCCAAACAAAACCAAGCUGGGUCAACUUUGGAGUUGCUGUGCAGAAUCAUGGCCCUACUGAUACAUUCCAAUCAUUUUAUCUCUCUUGGUACAAUGCUUCAUCAUCUACUAAUGGAAAUUUUCAUGGAUAUAACCCUGAUUCUGAGAAAAAUGGCACAAUUCGAACAAGUAUCUCUGAAAUUUAUGCUGCUAUCUACAACAUGACACUUGACUAUUCAUACUCGGACAAUUCGCCAAUCAAAAUUCAGAUCAGACUAUACACUUGGAUAUAUACUGACUAUUGGCUACCAUAUGCUGACUAA